AAAAACAAAGAAGAAAAAGAUAAAAUAAAGAAAGAAGGCCGUGGUUGUGGUCGCCUAUUAUUAUGGAUAGUUUGGAUGAGGGAGAACAAUUCAGCGACUUUGAAAGAGGGGUUAUUGCUGGGGCCCGUUCGGCCGGGGCAUCGAUGGCUCAGGCAAUUGAAAUGGCGAAGGAAGCUUCACGAGUAACGCCGGUGUCUAAGGUGAUGUCAGACGCUGUUGCGGUUUUUUCAGAGCGUACAGAAACGCAGCGCUACCUUGGCUACCGCUAGCUGAUAGCUGUUCUUCAAUGGGACCAGCACAUUUGCUUAAUGAUGCAGUUAGUUAGCUCCAUGAGUGUGUCCGCUGGAAAUAAGUCAACGCAUUUUAGUAACGUGGUUACUCACGAAAUAACGCCUCAAGAAACCAGAGCAAGACUUCGCAUUUAUUCACUGCACACAUCGCGGACCGUCUUCUCCAAAUGCCCUACCAUCCAGCACAACGUUUCCCAUGCAAGCAUGAUUGAGGAGACGCUGAAUUUUUAAACCAUCCACAUGCUUUAGCCCUCGGAAGCAAUCAUUUUAUUAGGUCUCCGGGGUAACCGUGACAGAAGAUGUGGUGACGGUCUUCAACGAGAUGAAGGUGAGGAAGGCCCAGGCUGGAGAGGAGGAGGAGAAGAGGAAGAAGGCGGUGCUGUUCUGCCUGAGCGAAGAGGAGGACAGCAUCGUCCUGGAGGAGGGCCGGGAGAUUCUGCAGGGGGACGUGGGCGCCUCCGUACAGGACCCUUACCUGCAUUUCGUCCAGAUGCUGCCGCCCGAGGACUGUCGCUACGCCCUCUAUAGCGCCUCCUACGAGACCAGGAGAGUCCAGAAGGAGGACCUGGUCUUCAUCUUCUGGGAUCCAGAAAGCGCUCCGCUGAAGACUAAGAUGAUCUAUGAAAGAUCCAAGGAUGCCAUCACAAAGAAGUUCAAAGGUAUCAAACUUGACUGGAGAGUGAACAGUCUGGAGGAAAUCCAGGACCGGCGUUCCCUGGCAAAGAAGCUGGGGGGCCGGUCAGUGGUGUCUCUUGAAGGGAGCCCUGUAUAAAUCUAGCCCCAGGCUUCACGUCAGGCCUGUGGGAAAACCAGAAUUCCAAAUUGCAUUGCAUUUGACGGUUCAUUCCAAUCCAGGCAAGGAGAACGGGAUGGGUUAGGGGCACAAACAUUUCAGAGUGGAAAUGGUUCUCAUUUUUGGGGUUGGCGAUUUUUGGAGUAUAAGGCAUUGACUGAAACAGUUUGCAAACAAUUGUUCAAUCUGAAUUGUACAUCAUUUAUUACACCUAUGUCACAGGGGCGACA